AUGGAAACUUGUCCAACACAUUUAACUGAACGUAAAAGAACCGAUUGGUUGAAAGCAGGUCGAAAGGCUCAAAAGAAUCACCAAUUAUUAUCUACUCUUGAUCUUUUUCAUUGGCCUGCAUCUAAAUAUGAUUCACCUAUUUUCAUUCAUCGUCGAACAUCUGAAUAUCAUCUUUAUGGUAUAAUCCAUAAAAUUUCCAAAGUUCAUCUAUAUACCAUUGAUACUGAAGCUAAUAAACCUACUCGACAAUAUCCUCAUUCUCUACCUGCAUUGAUUCAAAUACAGGCAAUACAUGAUGAAAACUGCUCAACAGUUAUCAUCAUUGAAGUUCAGCAUCUCCCACCUGCUUCUUCUUCUUUAUUUCAUUCGAUACAACAAUUAUGCCAAAUGAUAUUUUCUUCCAGUAAUAAGAUAAUGGCUUGGGGAGAUGUUAAAAAAGAAUUAGGUCCUUUUGAAGAUUUCAAUCUUUUCGAUUUAUCUCAAGUUUCUAAUACAUUAGAUCUUCAAAAGUAUUUUACUAAACUGUGGAAUGAAACGCAUCCACAUACACCUGAUUGUUUAGCUCGUCAUCAACCAGUGAUUGAUGACUGUAUUUCGGACGAUAUCUUAGUUUGUUUCGUUAAUUCCGAUGAUAUUGAUGAUGAGUUCAAUCCACACAAUCCUACAGAGGAUUAUAAUACAUGUAUCUGUCCUACUGAAAUUCGUCCUUACAAAGCAAAAAGUGCCGUAUGGUCACUGCAAAAAGCAGUUGAAUUUAUCUUUCAUCAAGCUUUAGAUAAAUCAUUAACGAUCAAUUUCUGGUCCUGUGGACUAGAUUCACACCUCCAUACUUGGCAAACAGAUACAGAUAAACGUACUCGACAAUCGUUAAUUGCUUACGCAAUGAAUGAUCUGUUUGCAUCUACUAAUUUAUAUUUUCAGCUCAACAACACUCCAUCACCAUCUUCAAAUUUCACAAAUCCUAUUCAUUUGAAUACUAUUCAAUUCAAAACACCAUUUGAUGUACCAUUAUUUUUAAUUUUGGCGGAUAGUCACGCCAAAUAUUUUCCACCCGUUAUUACGACGUCGUCGUAUAAACUCAUAAUUAAAUCUAUUUCGGGUUUACAGUGGGUGAAUGAAUAUAACAGUCAAUUGUGUGCUAAGUCCAUUAUUCUUUCUUCAUCUAUUUCUUCUUUAUUAUCUUCAUGUUCUGCGGUUUUCUUCCUUAUCGGAACUAAUUCUAUUCGUAAUAAUUCAGCAUCAGAACUUAUCGUUCAAGUGGAUGAGUUUAUUGACCUGAUUCAUUCUCACCAUACUCAUCUUAAACAUCAAACAGACAUUUCUAUAAGUUCUGUUUUUCCUUGCUUAAAACCAUCUUUCUUAUUUUCAUCACUUUCUACAUUAAUGUCAAAUAUAAAUGUUUAUAAUACUCUACUCAAAGACUUAACAACUCGUAAAAACUUUACUGUUGUGGAUCUUCCUAUAACCGAUGAUCAACUUAAUCGUGAUGGAAUGCAUAUCCACAUAAAUCAUCUACCUUUUUUAUGGAACUUCAUCCAACAAUAUUUCGACAAAUUAGUUCCUCAAAAAAAGACGAAACUCUCUCUUUCACAUUCUCGAUCUCGUACAGCAAUCGCUCGCCGCAACAAGCGACGACACGAGACACAGAAGAAAAGACAAGCAAUUCAAACUGUUGUUCGACCAAUAGCACGUAUAUGGAAAUUGAAAGAUCUCAAAACAUAUUUGAAAUAUAAAAACAUAAAGUAUGGUCGUCUUCCUGAGAUUCGUCAUCAUCAAUUAUGUAUACAAUUCAAUAAUCAACUUCAUCAACAACAUGCCGAACAAAUACUAACUUUUACGGAUUUCGAUGAACAGAGUUACUAUAAUUGGAUCUCACAUGAACAUUAGUGAGCUAUUCUUUUUUUCUUUUUGUUAGUGUUUGUUUUUGUGUUAACACUAUUGUUAGUUUUUUUCGUAAACUUUUGUUCUGUUCGUUUAUAUUUGGUGAUCGCUUUCCACUUUUCCCUAGAUGUUGAUCAGAUUGUUCUAUCAGCUCACUCAAUAGAGUGGGCAGAUGCCAGGAUUAAUCUGUUCGACGGAAAGGGGGAGGUGUUAGCGUCAACAGAUGUCGCAUUAUGACGCUAACUUAUGUCCAGU